AUUUCUUGAAUGAAGAGUUCUGAAAUAUUGAAAAAGGCAAUUAUAAACAAAAAGAAUUAUACAUUGGAUAAAGCAAAUUUACUUUGUUACCUAGAAGAGCGACGACGAAAUAGUUUUGGAUCCAUAUACAUUGCAUAGACAUCGAAUCAAAUAUUGAAAACAGGCCGGUCUCGGGUUCCGCUCUUGGUAGGCGAAGCCAAAGAUGGCGAAUCUCACAAAUUCUAGCUCUGCGUCUAUUUUAAUCAACCUGUACUACAAAUCACAGCUGUUCUCGUGCGUUUUUAUUUUACUUCUCAUCUUUAUUACCGUUGUUGGAAAUAGCCUUCUUCUCGUGGCAACUUGGAAAGACCCAUUUAAAAGUUUCAAAAACGCCUCGUCAAGUUUCGUGAUGAGCCUAGCAGUWGCCAACAUGCUCAUAGGUUUAUUGCUUGAACCUGUUAUCAUUUACAUCAAGCUGAUGAUCUACUUUAAGCGAAGAGCCAGUAAAACGUACAGACCUUUUCUUGUAGCAGCCAGAGCUUCGUUAGGUGUCAGUACUGUACUCUUAAACGCKUCKUUUAUGACKRUAUUGGCAYUGACUUGGUGCCAAGUCUUAGCUGUUGGUUGGCCUCACAAAUACAAAGCAAGUUUCAACACGACAAAAAGUGURGUUUGUGUUGGUUGUAUUUGGUGUUAUGUCAUUCUGUUCUCGAUAAUUCCAGUACUSGGAGUGAACAGGGAUUUGGURUACAAGUUGGAUCUAGUUGUUAAUACAACAUUGGUGAUAUUUGCUUUAAUCGUGGGUUACAUCACUCUUUACAACGCCUAUCGUUUGCACCUUAGAUCGCAGUCAAGACGGAUGAGUAUAACGAGCGAGGCAAGACGUGUUAGUAGCCGUAACUUUACAAUAUUGAUUCUACUCCUUGCAGGGUUUGUGAUAUUGUUCAGUUCUCCUAUCACUAUAGUCGGUUACCUCAGAUUUUACUGGCUGCCUUCAAAUCGAAAAUACCGGAACCAUUAUGCUAUAGCUAGUACRUACUGCAAUGAUUUCAUCUUGAUUAAGUUUGCAUUAGACCCCAUAGCAUACGCACUACGACURCCUAAGUACCGUAGAGCUUUUARAAGUAUUCUUGGAUUAUCAACCACACGGGAAUUAGACCCAAGGCAACGGGAUUCGAGACGUUUGUCUAAGGAAAUGACCGGACAAAUUGCCACUUCWAUUAAUGAUACUCUAGAACUUCAACUAGGCUCACGUUAAAAUGGCUUAUUAAAAAAAAAAACACCCGAAAAGAUACCACAGA